AUGGCGCCAGUGAAGAAGCACACCAAUUUCCUGGACAUCGAGAUCGAGGUCCAGGACCUCAUCUUCGAGAACCUCUUCUCCCAGAUGGAGAUUCUCCAUAUCCCCGAGGCAGAGGGCGCGACCAUCAGCGCUCUCUGCGGCGCCGACAAGACCCUGCGCGCCAAAUUCACAGAGUACGAGGCGGAGCGCCAGGAGCGCGCAUCAAUCCGCAAAAGAUACACCAAGUGUGUCUUCACCGCCUCGCCCGUCGCCCGCGCCGCGCCACCAUCCUCUCCUCGCGACUGGCCUCACAUCAGAGACGUCGAAAUUAUCAUCGACGAUCUCGCUCUCAACGAGAGCUACCAGGACACCUGGUUCAACGACCCAGAAGUUGUCCGAGGCCAAGUCGCGGGGAUGGUCGCGGACCUCGAAGCCUUCGUCGCCUGGGCUCCCGUCCUCAGGGAGGUCGUCGCCCCGUCAGGCGAUGGCCUCUCCGCGGCGCCAGUCCUGCAGCACCUCCUCACGCCGCUCAUCAUGCUCCCCUCGUGUGACAAUACUAUCGUGAAGCAGAGUGAGGACGCGAUGAGCAGGCUCCAGGGCUUCAUGGACGGCGAGGAGCGCAUCGAGGAUGUGAGCCAGGAGUACGAGAUCAGCUUCAAGCUGGCCGUGCAGUGCUGGCUGAAGCAGAAAGAGGGGGUGAGGGAGAGGGAGGUUUUUGACCGGGUGGCGGAGGAUCUGGCGGAUGAGGAAUGGUAUAGGUGGACACAGUAUGGGAGGGAAUCGGACUUGAUUCAGUAA